CCUGCGCGCCCCGUCGGGCGGUGGCGGGGAGAUGGCGGGGCGGCGGCGGGCGCUGCCGCGGCUGCUGCUGCGCUGCCUCCUGCUGGGGCUGCUGGGCGGCGGCGGCGGGGGCCAGCCCGGCGGCGGCGAGUACUGCCACGGCUGGGUGGACGGGCAGGGGGGCUACCACGAGGGCUUCCAGUGCCCCGAGGGCUUCGACACGGCGGCCGCCACCAUCUGCUGCGGCUCCUGCGCCCUGCGCUACUGCUGCGCCGCCGCCGAGGCUCGCCUGGAGCAGGGCGGCUGCACCAACGACCGGGAGCCCUCGGAGCCGGGAGUCACCGCCCAACCAAUCUACGUUCCAUUCCUCAUUGUUGGAUCAAUAUUUAUUGCCUUCAUUAUCGUGGGUUCGCUGGUAGCAGUUUAUUGUUGCACAUGUUUAAGACCUAAACAGCCGUCACAGCCAAUCCGAUUUUCCCUGCGGAGCUAUCAGACCGAGACUCUUCCCAUGAUCUUGGCCUCCACGAGCUUCAGGACCCCAUCCCGGCAGUCCAGCACCGCCACCAGUUCCAGUUCCACCAGCAGCUCUGUCCGCAGGUUCUCCUUCCCCCGGGCAGAGCCAGGCUGCCUUGUGCCGUCCUCACCUCCGCCCUACACGUCUGGCUGCUUCCAGACAGCCCACACAGUCCACCUGACCCAGCCAUCAGGAUUUCUGGUGUCUCCGCCGUACUUUGGGUAUCCUCUCCAGCCAGAGCCUGCCCUGGUUGGGAAGAGCUGCUCUGAUUUUACUCAGAGCUGAAGGAACUCGUGAAGAAGUAAUGUAACCUUUGCAACCACAGGGGCUGCUGCUGUUGGGUGUCACACUGAUGUGCUCUGUGGCUGCAGAAGUCAGAACUGUUCCUGGGGUGAGUUGCCCUUGAAAAGUGAGGGGUCUCACUUGAGAUUGCAUUUCCCAAACUUGGAUCACACUUACAAAGGAACUGUAAAACACUCCAAACAGUUGCUCUAAAACAGGACUGCUCUGCCUAAUUUGUGCAGAAUGUGUUCAGAGACAAGUAAAAGAACCAUGUUGGGAUGAAGGUACUCAGUGUUACAAAUGACAUUUUACCCUAAUGCAGUUAACUUAGUUAACAAACAGUGGCUGCUUUCCACUGAUAAUAAUCAGACUAGUUCUAUAAAGCAGCAAUAAGCCUGAGAAGUAAGACAGGAGUAAUACUUACUAAUGAGGAUCCUUGAAAACAUCUGUUUACCACUUCCAUGAGCAAUGAAAGUAAGAGGAAGAAUUUUUAUUAGAUAUUAAAAUGCAGAGGUUUUUUUAAAAAUACACAUAAUCUACCUGAACUUACACUGCAUAUUUGUAUUAGUAAAUUUUAACGAUGGUAGAUAAAACUAGCAGUAAUUAGGCUAGUUGAAGAUCAGACAGUCUCACAUAGCCAAAUUAUCUAUGAGGAAAGCAGAAUGUAUUCAGCAAUAUCACCAAUAACUUCUCCACAUAAAACUCUAAAAAUAGCGGUCCACUAAAGCAUUCUUCAGAAGGAAGUAUUUAUUGUCAGCUUUUUGCUCAGCAAGUGUAAGUUGGACAAACUGAUCAUGAAGUUCUGUUUGUAAAAUUAGCCAUGUAUAAAAUGUAAAGACAAGUUUGUAAUUUAAAAUGUAUUUACACCAUUGACAUCACUAAUUAUUUAGUAGUAACACGCAAAAAAAAAACCAACCCAAUAAACUGUGUGGUUGAAAUGCUGUGUCAUCAGUAUGACUCUGUACAGGUAGGGUUUGUUGAAUUUGGUUGGUGUAACUCUUUUUGUACUUUUUUCCUGUUAAAAUAGUUUAUUCUGCUUUUUAAAAUGAUUUACAACUUUAACUGCACCUGUUGUGCAGAUUUAAUAUAAUACAAAAUUCUGACCAUAUAGCAAACUACUAGAUUCGUUUGUAUUUUUUACAUGCAGCUGGAGUGAAAAAGUGUUGAAAACGACACUGAUUAGUUGGGUAUUUUGGAUUAAACAUCCUGCUCUAGGAAUAAAUUCUGUUUGCCCUUCUACAUUCCUUCACCUAAGUAAACCAACAAACCAAAUGGAAGAAGAAAAAAAAGCAUCUAAACCAAAUACAUGCAGUAAGCAAAUGGAAAAUACACAAGUAAAAAAUGCAGUCAUUAAAGGGCUUCUCUGUAUACUUGUUUUUUGCGAAAAACUGAAGUCAUUUUGUGGGUCAGAAUCUACAAUAUCAGAGGCUGAGCUUUCCUAUUUUAUCAGCCUCAAACUCCCUGUGUGCAGGAUGUGUUGAAGUACAUUAUAGCUGACCUAUUUAACAAGUAGUUUAGAAAAGCUUCAUUGGUUCUUUCUCAAGAGUUGAAUACUUUUUUUCAUAGCAAAUAUCUAGUGAUCAGUAGUUAUGACAAAAAUUUUUCAAAAUAACUAUUUUAAUAAGUUUUUAGCUGCACAAUUAUCAUUAUAAUCCAGCAAACAUUACUGCUAGAAAUGCAAAAAGACAAGUUCUAUACAAUGACGUUUUAAGUAAUAGGUUCUAGCUUGAAUGCUGUAAUCAUUAAUUACAACCCAAAUCGUGAUACACAGAUGUGUAUAUGUUUUGCAAGACACUAAAAAUUAGAUUUUAAGUAUUCAGGAAAUGAAUCAAAAGUUAAAUUCUGGCCUGUAAUUUUAUUGUAGGAACAAUCUUCAAGAAAGAAAAAAAUUUGCUUGCCUUUGGUAAGAUUGCACAGGACUCUUCACUGCAUAUUUUGAAUGGCUAUGGAUGGGACUGUUUGUCAAGUAACUUUUUUGAAAAAUCAUUGAAUAUUUUAAGAUGUAGCAGCUGUCUUGUUCAGAAGCAUACUGUGAGAUGUACUGAUUACUCCUGUAGACAGCAGAAACAGCAAACCAACUCAACUGUAUUUUUUUACAAAUUAUAGGUAAUCUCCAAUUAGAAGAAAUCUUUAUCUAGUAAACCAAGGCAACACAGACCCAUUCUGGAAGCAGAAACUUGAUCACUUUUAACUAAGAAGGGGCAAUUUAUGUACCUUUAAAGAGCAAUUAGUCAUCAGAGCCACUGACACAGGUGGUGAGUGGCUGAAAUUGAUGUUUUCAUGAAAGAAAGACUGUACACAGCAAAGCUGAGAGUUUGGCUCAGUCACUGCCCAUUACCAUUUGGGGCUGUACAGGCCAGGCUGCUUCAGUGUGAUGGUCUCAGAGGGCUCUGCAGUCAGUUAUUAAUGUUUUAACACGGGGACAGAUUUUUGCUACACUUGCAUGUGGCCUUAAAUGUUAAUGACAAUUCAACCUAAAGAGAGCUGUGCUGUUUGCCAUGUAGCAAGAAACUCAGCCUAGCAGGGAAGACCCAUCUGAGCCUCUUCCUUUCUUCCCCUGAUGCUGCAUAACGGGUUUGUCCUCAUAGAAUGGUUGAAGAACUUGACACACAGGAAUAAUUUCAUUGAACCAGACUUAGAUAAGUCUGUAAGUUUACAGAGUGCUAAGUACUUCACAGAUCAGUAGCCAGACUGCAACAAAUCCUGCAGAUGUAGCUCUUAGGGUGGGAAAGAUCAAUUGUAGUGAAAAUAGCUGUGCUGUGCUACCUGUAAAAUAGUUGAGGUGGGGAUUAUGCACCAUCUGCAAACAGACAGACAAAGAAGAAAAUAAAAAUUAAAAAAAAAAAUCUAUUCUUGUUCAUGUAGUUACAGUAGCAGUGACUCACAUAGCUGAAGGGAGAGGAAAGGAGGUGGCCAGAAUAAAGCCCAUGGACAGAAACAAUGCUGCCUGUGCCAGUAGUUUCCAACCCAGAUGGAUUUGGUGUGCUGGCGAGAAUGCUGAAUUUCCUCCCUAAUGGAAAAAGCCUUUUGGCAUUAGAUACUCCUAUGAUUUAUAGGAACAGGAAAUUUUUAUAAAACUUGCAGACAGAACAGAAAUGACAUUGUGAUAGCACUUUAAUGACUAAUGAAAUGGUUUGAAGGGCUGGAUGUAUGCUUGAACUGAAGGCAAUUGCUUACUAUCAGAAGUAACAUUUACAGGCAGUACUUGCUUUACUGCCAUGUUAACAAAGUAGAUUUAACUAUUUCUUUUGGAAUUCUGAAUUUAGUUCAUACUCCUUUUUACUAGCACUACAACAAUCUAAAAUCAAAAUGAAAGAAUAUUCACACUCAUUAAAUUGAUUACUGUCAUUCACACACGAUGCCACAAAUGCUUUGAUUGCCAUUAACUGGUAAUGACUUAGAUGAAACCCAAGCCUUCUGUGGAUAAUGAGCAACAAUGGCAUGCCAUUUGUUUUGUUUCCACAAUUUGGGAUUCUGAAGUGUGUAUCUCCAAAAUGCAUCAAGACUUUCCAGUGCUAGGAAAAACAUUACAAGUAUUUGCAAGAAUGUCUGAAGGAUUCUGUUUGAAACUAGGUAAGCAGUACAGUAUGAGGCUAUGUAAACUCAUGGAUUAUUUGUAACACUAAUCCCACUGGAAUAAAAAAACCUGACAAUUUAAAAGUAUUUUGUCAUUACUGCUCAGGUGCAGCUUGACAUAAGGAUAUUAAGGAACAUUAAGGAGCAUUAAGGAGUUGAAGUUGGUUUUCAGUGCUGUUUUGCUGCCUAUUGCAAUGUUCUGUCUGAACUUGAACUCCUCUGAACAAUGAGUCUGCUUUUGAGGGAGCCACUCAUAGCACAUAAAGUUUUUGACUCACAGUGACACCAAGGCUAUAA